AUGUCCGAAGAAGUCGCAACCAGAGAUCGCAAAGAUCACGCUAAAAAGGAAAAACGACACAAGAAAAAGAGAACUUCGGAGGAAGACGAAGCAGAUGACGACGAGACACUUGUGAAGAAGAGCAAAAGCUCCAAGAGGCGGCGACUCGACGAUGACGCCGUAGAAGAGGAAGAAAAUAAAAAAGAAAAGAAAGAAAAGAAAAAGAAAGAGAAAAAGUCGGGGAGGAAAUCCGUAUCCUUUACUGAAGAUACGAAAAACGAAGAAGAGGACAAUUCGUCAGCUGAAGAUGUAUCAGCAGAAGCAGUUCAGACCACACAAAAAACCGACGACGAGCCAUCACCGGAGGAGUCGCCAGAAGCCAAGAAGCAGAGAAAACGAGAGAUACGAGCACAGCGACGGCAAAGCCAAAGCCCGGCCCAGAGUGACGGACAGAAAGCGACACCUGCGGCAUCUUAUGAUUCAGACGACAAGUCUGCUCUUUCCUAUCUUUCACAGUACCACACGGAUCGAUCUGCAUGGAAGUUUCAAAAGAAUCGUGAAUCGCAACUCCUAAAAAAGGCACUGUCGCUGGACGAUGUUCCCGCAGAGUACAACCAAGCGCUGUUUGCAUAUCUAAAGGGCUUGAAGAGCGAAGGCGCGAGACAGCGACUUCGCAAAAACGCGCAGGACACAAUCAAGCUCGAUGAGGGAGAAGCAGUCAAUGCAGAGGAGGGAGAGGAGGCAGCGGAUGGUGAUGAUAAAGAAGAAAAUAAAAAGGACACCGCUGUUCCCCCUCCUCUACCAGAGUUGUCCAAAGAGGCGUACGACGAGGCAAUACACCGUUUCAAGGGAAAUCUAAACGCGGGCGUGAAGGACUUUGACGACGGAAUUUCUUUCCAAGACGCCGAUGCUGAGAUUCAGCGUAGGUUUGAGAAGAGGAGGCGUGCUGAGUUGGUUCUGUGGACGGUACGUGGAAAGAUUAGCAAGCCAUCGACUUUGACUUCGACUUCGGCGGCCGAAAUUGAGACGACAAAGGAUGACAAGGUAGCCACCGCCGACAAAGGGAACAAGAAUAAAAAGGCACCGUCUAGAAAGAAGAGGAAGAACAGGACUAUGGUGGUUGAGAUAUCUAGUAGUAGCGAGAGCUCGGAUAGUGAGUAG